CUCUUCUUUCCAAAGUUUUCCUUUUUUCUCCUUCUUCACAUGUUUUCUCACGUCGCCUCUCUCUUCGCCUUCUUCCCUUCUUCACCGCUCUCGCUGUGUCUCCGCUCCCUCCGCGCGACCUUCGACGCCAUGUGUAACCGGAGACCAGCCAGGAGGCCGAUCGAGAGAAAGACCGGCAAUCGACCUUCUGCUGUUUGAGGGGAGUUUGGAAGCGUCAUCUCUCUCCGCAGUCUCAGGUUCCGCAGAAACGAGGCGGACAAUUUACAUUUUCUUUCCUCCCUCUCUUGCCUCCCCGUCCUCUUCUUCCUCCUCUCAUCUCCUAACGCAGCUGUCGGAGGCUUUUGAGUCUUCGGUUCCCGUUUUCCACGUUCUCUCUUUUUCCAAUUCUGUCUCCUCUGUUUCUCUUUUCGUGCAUGGCCUCUCCAGCCACGAUGUCGCUGCGGCCUUCCUUCUCCCUGGCCAGAGGCCCACCCGCUUCCCGUCGCUCUUCCCCUUCCGCCGGUUCUCUUUUCUCUUCUGCGUCUUCUCUCUUCUCUUCUGCUCGGUUUCCAGGCGCUGUCCAGCGUCGCCGUCUCUCUACGCUACCUUCUCGUCCCCUCCCGUUCCUCUCCUCUUCAUUCGCCUCACCUUCUUCUGGUAGAUCGCUCUCUUCUUUCUUCUCUUCCCCUCUCCCGUUCUCCUGUCCACCCAUUGCUGUGCGUCUCUCCUGUCCGUCGCUGCUUCCUUCUUCUUCCUCCGCGCCUUCUUCUCCUUCUUCUCUCUCUUCUUCUUCCUCUGCGCCUUCUUCUCCUUCUCCUCUCUCUUCUUCUUCCUCCGCGCCUUCUUCUCCUUCUCCUCUCUCUUCUUCUUCCUCCGCGCCUUCUUCUCCUUCUUCUCUCUCUUCUUCUUCCUCCGCGCCUUCUUCUCCUUCUUCUCUCUCUUCUUCUUCCUCCGCGCCUUCUUCUCCUUCUCUUCUCUCUUCUUCUUUCUCCGCUCCCGCUUCUCCGUGGCGCGCGUCUCCGUCCUCUCCCGCGCAUGCAGUUUCUCGGCGCUGCAUGGCCAGCGGGAAGAAGAAGAAGGGACAGAAAUCCCGCGAGGACGGACGCGAAGAAGACAAGCGCAUGCGGAAGGUUCUGAAAGUCAUUGGAGGCGACGGCGACGCAGCCUUCUCGGCCGCAGACGCUCCGCGGGCGCCGCGCGGUGUGGGUGGAAAGGCUCAAGGCCUCCAGCGAGCUCGCGCUCGGGGACUCGUCGUCCGAGAAGAAGAAGGCGAGGAAGAAGACGAAGAAGACGAGAGAGAAGGCAGAAGAAACGGCGCGGCAGAGGUCUUCAGCGUAGCAGCCUAUGAGGCAGACAUGAAGGCUGCAAUCGACAAGAUGGUGCAGGACAUCUCUGCCCUUCUGGUCCACCGCGAGCGCGCGGAACAUUUUGAACGGAUUCCAGUCUCCGCAGGCGGCGAGAAGCGGCGACUGUCGGACCUCGCGCAGGUCGUUGUGCGAGGCGCCUCGACCGUCCACGUCCAUGUCUUCAGUGAGGCGAAUCUCUCCAAGGUCAUGUCAGCUCUCCGGGCCGCCGACUCAAAGUGGACUUUGCAGCAAGAAGGAAACACUGCAGUUCGACUCCAACUUCCGAAGGUGACGUCCGAGAUGCGUGAGGAGCUGAAGACGAAGGCGCGCGUGUUUCUUGUCACGGCAAAGAGCGCGGUGAGAAACAUGCGCCAAGCAGGUCGCAGCCACUUGCACAAGUUGCAGUUUAAAUCUCGGAGUAUCGACGAUGUAAAGAGGCGCGAGCUGGACGCUUCUCUCACGACGCUGAUGGAAACUUACGUCGCCAAGUGUGACAAAGUUUUCAAUGAAAAAAUGCAGCAGUUCCUGCUUAGCUGAAUUCCGAGGGCGAACAGUAUAUCUCCAGAGAAGACAUACUCCCAUCUUUCUUCUUCAAACGCAUUCAAAACAAAGUGUGGGGUCGACAUACAAAUUUUUAUAAAUGCAUUUGCAUAUAUCUUUGAGCUCGUGUGUAGGUAUAUAUAUAUAUAUAUGUAUAUGUAUAUACAUGUAUAUGUACAUGCAUAAGGCGUUACGUUCGGGCAUUCUCUCGGGAGCCGGCCGGUGUGCGACUGAUGAUAUGAGGCUCUGAGCGCGCUUUCCACGGCCUCAUUGAGGCCCCUCCGUUUGACUCCAGUUGCAAGACGGGUGCUGGCAGAAACGCUCAUUCGCAUUCACAUGGAGUCGUCUGUCCAAAGUCUUCGACAAAUACGUCAACCUCUGGAUCUCCUGCUGUGGGGUUCGCUGUGCACUUCGAGAGUCGCCUGUACUUCACUCUAGUAAUAUAUAUAUAUAUAUAUAUAUAUAUGUAUAUAUGUGUAUGUAUAUAUGUGUAUGUAUAUAUAUGUAUAUAUCUCCAUGUCUACAUAUAUGUAUGCAAGGUCUUUGUUUCAGAUUCGGAAUGCCCCGGUGAUUUCUUGGCUGCUCUGCAUGCAUGGCUUGAAAAAGAGCUUGAGGAACAUGGAUUUGAAAACUCUUUUUUCU